AUGUCUCACAGCAAAUAUUAUCCGAUAACAAAAAGAGCUAAAUUGAUGAGAGUUACGCGUCCGACCACAAUCCAUGAAAAAGUAAGGCGGUGUAAGUCUGUUCAUAUCUAUCUAUCUAUCUAUCUAUCUAUCUAUCUAUCUAUCUAUCUAUCUAUCUAUCUAUCUAUCUAUCUCAGUGUGUCGCAAAUCAUACAAAACAUACAUAUUAUCUGUGUUUUUAUAUCUAUCUAUUCAUAUCUAUCUAUCUAUCUAUCUAUCUAUCUAUCUCUGUUUUUAUAUCUACCCCACGAGCUAGCUAUCUAUCUAUCUGUUUUUAUAUCUAUCUAUCUUUGUCGCUCUCUCUCUCUCUCUAUCCAUUUCAGUCUCUUAUCUAUCUAUCUAUCUAUCUAUCUAUCUAUCUAUCUAUCUAUCUAUCUAUCUAUCUAUCUAUCUAUCUAUCUCUCUGCCACACUAUCUAGCUAUCUAGCUGUGUUUUUAUAUCUAUCUUUGCCCCUCUCUCUCUCUCUAUGUAUCUAUUUCAGUCUCUUAUGUAUGUAUGUAUGUAUGUAUGUAUGUAUCUAUCUAUCUAUCUAUCUAUCUAUCUAUCUAUCUAUAUACCUUGCUUCCGCAUCAUCUUCAUCCGCCAUUUCUCGUGUCUACCAUUUCGCCAUCAUCCGCACCCCCACUUUUACUACGAUCCCCGCCCCGGUCUUUACCAUUUAUUCAUCUCUUAGAUUUUUUUGUCUUCAUUAUCAGCAUUUUUCUCUUGAUUUCCUAUGGGCUCCCCCCCCCACCGCCAUCACCGGUCGUCUACUUACACAUUAA